CUUGCAAUGGCCCGCACCAAGCAAACCGCUCGCAAGUCCACCGGAGGCAAGGCUCCCCGAAAGCAGCUGGCCACCAAGGCUGCCCGCAAGUCGGCCCCGGCCACCGGCGGCGUGAAGAAGCCCCAUCGCUACCGCCCCGGCACCGUCGCCCUCCGUGAGAUCCGCCGCUACCAAAAGUCGACCGAGCUGCUCAUCCGCAAGCUGCCCUUCCAGCGUCUGGUCCGCGAGAUCGCCCAGGACUUCAAGACCGACCUGCGCUUCCAGUCGUCCGCC